GCAUUCUCGUGGUCUGGCUCUACACUGUGCCAAGGUGCCAAGCCUGUCACCUGAAGAUUGCGAUUCCGUGAAGUUUCCAAAGCCAUCGGUUCACAUUCGCACGUACAGCAGUGUGGUUCCAAAAGGGACACUUCUGUCAAGAAAUCUGUCUAGGACUACUGUCCGAGCAUUAGUGUAAAUGUCAGACACAGUCGCUGGUGUCGACACAGGUCGUGGUGGUAGCCCGCAUUUCGUAUCGUCGACAGUGGAGCAGUUGGAGGUGCAAGAGAACAGGAGUGCCAGCUUGAAGACCAGUGAGUGUAGUGGGUGAUCGCCGAUGUGACUGCGUGCUGGUCUGAGGUUGGAGGCUGGGAUCAGCGAUGCUGCAGCACUGGUUCCACUCGCUGCAGAAGGCGCACUCGGAGGACCUGGACGUGGUGAGCCCCGUGGAGGAGGAGGGCGCGACCCACCACCACCACGGCCACCACCACCACCACCACCCACUCUUCAGACACAGGAGGAAGGAGCUGGGAUCGCAGCCAUUGCCGACAAUCAGUGUAACGGACGAUGCGUCGCACGUGGACGGUGCUGCCGCCAGCGGCCACCGGCCGAGAGCGGGCACGUGGAGCAUGGCGCAGUCACGCCACAGGCCGGGCGCCAUCUCCCCCGGCCCCCAACAGCAGCAGCAGCCGCGGCGGCGGUCCGGCGAUGACGUGGUGUCGGCGCCGCCCCCGCAGCAGAGCCCCCAGCCGGCACCGCCCCCGCAGCCGCAGCCGUCGCCCUCUCGCCAGCGCCACUCCACGCUGCUGGACGCCUUCCGCCCCCGCAGCAAGUCGGACGCCGGCGGCCACAAGACGCCGCGCCGCCCCGGCGCCAACAUCAUCUCACACAUGAAGAGCGCCGUCCAGCACUCGCUGAUGUCGCCGAGCUCCAGUGGGGGCAGCAGCAAGACCUCAGACUCGUCGUCGACAUCAAAGUCCGAGGGCAGCAGUGGCGGGGGCGGUGACCACGGGCACAGCAGCAGCGGCAGGCCGCGCGCCGGCUCCGACAGCAACACGAGCCGCGGGCCCGUCUCCAAGGUGAUGGACAUGUUCCGACAUCGGUCCCAUUCAGCCGUCUCGGCCGAGGACAAGAGGAAAGCGAAGCGUCGGACGGCGUGCGACGAGCGUUGCGUGUGUUUACGGCGUGAGCACGCCGCUUUGGUGUUUUCCAGCAUUUCUGAGGCCAGAAGAGAGCAAGAGAAGGUUUUCGUCUCAGAGCCAGGUCGCAGCGUCGCAGUUGUCAACACAGAGUUCGUACAGCGAAUGCGUUUUGUUGCCCUUCUCCCGGUGGCUUCUGUGCCGCAGUCGAUUCUUCUACUGCCCCAGAAUGCCGUCGAGUAA